AUGAAUACUACAGACAUUAGCACCAAUAACUCGACAACUGUGUAUAAUUCUUCGAAUGGAUUAACUAAAUAUGAUAAAUUAGUAAUCAUACAUGGCGUACUAUUAUCCGUUCCUUUUCUCCUCGUAACUCCAAUCGCAAUUGGCAUCGUUCGUUUUGGGAAAACAAGAUUACCAAACUUUUGGUUCCGUCUUCAUUGGUCUCUUCAACUAUUAAUUGCCACACCUUUAGUAAUCGGAGGAUUCGUAAUUGCUCAUUUCAUACAAAAUGAAUCUAAUAGGAUAAAAAAUUGGGCAUUAGAUCCUCAUUCGAUAUUCGGCCAUAUUGCUGGGAUUGGAUUUUUACUUGAAACUGUUCUUGGAUGGAUUCACCAUAAACUGUGGAAACCAGACCGUGGAAAUGUUGCAUGGUGGACAAAAUUACAUAGAAUUUGGGGAUAUAUUGUAUGCUUUUCGGCAUUCAUUAGUAUCGGAUUCGGUCUUAGAUUGUACGAAGUUCCGGUUGCGUGUAAUACCUCGUCGAAACCGCAACAGGAAAGUGAGCAAGACGCAAAGGAAUAA